AUGGCCACGGCAUCUUUUGACUAUGAACAGCGAAAGCUGUGUCAAAGCCUCAUUCCUCCUGCCUCUCAGCCAGACACGGUAUCUUUGCUGAAGAAGAAGGCGCUCUCAGCUCUUGGAAAAUCUGGCGACACAGCGAUUUGCAUUCCCUCCGAUGUCGAGUCUGACACUGAAGAUGAAGAUAAUAAGAGUCGAGAACUUAAUAUCUUGCAAUCUUAUGUAAUACGUGCUAGCACACCGGACUAUCUAGAUCUCACCGGCACCAAACAUGGCAUAACUAAGCCAGAAGCUGCUACUGGCGCGGAGACUGCGACAGCAGUAUCUCCGGCUCAAGCGGAAGCCGGCCUAGCUUGGCCGAAUGAGACACAAGUAUCUCGCCUCGCUGAGCCUGAAUCGAGCCAGCAAUCUUAUGAGAUCAAUCACAUGCUGACCGGAGAUAUGUCUGCUUGUCAAGAUGUCAAUUUUGCAACCCCUCCUGCUAGCCCUAAUAGCCAGCCAUACCCAGUUGCGGCGGACAGGCAACAGCUUCGACCCGCACCAGCUAGUCAACAGGGCAACAUGAUGGUCGAUGCUAUCUUUGACCAUGACGCGUGCCAUAGCUCCCAGGGUCAUCCGGAUUCCCCCUCAACUUGCAUACACUCUCCGCGGGCUGCCGGCCCCGUCGAGGCGGUCCAGGCAUCACUCUGGGAAAGCGAAAUACCCGCCGGCAAUUCAUGCGACGAUGCCAUCCCUAAAGCCUACACCCCAUCUCCCGCAAGACCCUCGCUUGAACCACAUCAAGGACAAGGCUUAGAUGAUGCAAGCAGCGCGUCCAGCCAUAUCGAGUCCGAGGUCACGGAGGGUGGAUCUGGUUUCGCCGCCGAAGUGUCUUCCACGUCGCCAUCUCUUCGUCGUUUCCGUCACAAAUCCUUGCAGGUGCAUAAAACGAUGCAGCCCAAGGACGGUGAUGCAGACAGUGAGGCUCCACGGAGCGAGGAUGGCCUUAACGGGCUAGAAUCUCAACAUCAGAAAGAGAACUCUCCUCCACUUCCAUAUGAUGAGGAUUCUGGUUCGGAAGACGAUGAUUUCGAUGAUGUCCACUAG